AUGUCCAGCAAUAUCCUCUCGGUGUUCAAUCCUCCUCCUCAAAGAGAGCUAUCGGAAGAGGAGACUAAAGACUGUAUCCCUUGCCAGAUCAUGAGCACAAUGUUCAGCUUGGGAUUUGGUGGAUAUCUUGCCAGUGGGAAGCCAUUUGAGUACUCCGAAAAAGAGAGAAAACGGGGCAUCUCUGCUGAAAAAUUCCAAGAACUCAACCCAAAAUGGUGGCGUACUAGUCUUAGAGGUAUCGGUGGUGCUUUGAUAGUAUUUGGAAUAAUACGAGGCACCGAAAAAUGGCUGUGGAACGUAGAAAAACCAAACAACAGCAGCAGCAGCAGCAGCAGCAGCAGCAGCGAUAAAUAA